AAUGGUCGUCAGACGUGUCAAACGGUACCCGAGAACUGUUUGGUUUAUGGAGUCGUCUGCUUUAAUAUUGAUAUACGAAGAUAUUUGUAAAGAAGUGUACAAAGAAGGCGCAUUUUAGCACUGACAGGUGUAUAUGUAUGUAUGGCCUGGUCGGUCACUACAGUGUGACUGUGUCACUAAUUAAGACUACUGGCGCUGCCCUAUGUCGUAUAUAUAAACACCACAGAGUAACAGUCUAUAUUAUGAAAACAAUGUCGUAAACGUACUUAGGAAACAGAAACGCCAGUUGUUCCCUAAUGGACGCGCCUUGAAUAGUUGUGACGUAUCUGGCCACGGCACAUAUCUCUGCCCCAGGGAUUCACCACUGAACAAUAACCCCCGACUCCCGGGAAAUCACAAGACCCCGGCAGUUGGAUUAAUCAAGAUUGGCACGGUCCUCGACAGUCAUACCCCACCCGGCCCUGAGGGAAUCUCCGUGGACCCCGGGCCGAGUGGGCAAGCGAAACAUCCUGGGGCCAAGGGAAUGACCGAGGACACCCCGGAGUUCACCGAUAUAUUGGCUAUAACCUCAAAGAUGGGGUGUGGCUCCAGCAUGGACUCCUUUGACGAGCCCAAAACCGUGGUGGUGUUCGGGGCGACUGGGUUAUUAGGAGGAUCAGUUGCACGUGCACUAUUGAACGAUCCUUUCAAGUUCAGGGUCAGGUGUGUCACGCGGAAAAAAAAUAGUGACAAAGCGCGGGAGUUGGCGGAACUUGGUACCUACGGUGCUGUGAUAGUAAAUGCUAACCUUGACGACACCAAGUCACUGGAGAAGGCCCUGGCCAAUGCGGACGCUAUGUUCCUCACCACUCACUUCUGGGAGGAGAAGAACAAACAGAAGGAAAUUGUACAGGGCCUGAACGCCAUUGACGCUGCUGUCAGCUGUGGUGUCUCCCACAUCAUCUUUAAUGGCUCAGAAAAUGUUAAAAAGUUGAUCGGGCGAGACUGCAAUCAUCUUGACUCCAAGUUUUCUAUUGAGGAAUAUAUCCGGGAAGUCGACACAGAAGAAGGAGAAGGCAGGGCACCAACGUCGCCAGAUGACGAAGACAAAACCCUCGGUCUAAACUACACAAUUCUCCGUCUGCCGUUCUGGUACGAGAAUUUCUACACUGUCUUCAAGCCAUACAAACUGAAGUAUGGAGUAUACGCUUUAGCACUGCCCUUGGAAGAUGGUGCACUCGACUGUAUGGCUGUAGAAGAUGUGGGAGAGUGUGUUUAUGACAUUCUGUGUAAGCCCAGGCUUUAUUAUGGUAAGACGUUAGGGCUGUGUGCUGACCGACUGUCCCUGGCUAAUGUGGUAGACAUCUUCAACAAACACUUUGACACCAUGAAGUUUAAGGAUCCAAAAAUGAAGAUUCGGGAUUACGAGAACUUCAAGUUUUCUGGUGCAAAGGACCUUGCUGCCAUGUUCGAGUUUUACAAGGAUGGCACCUGUGUACGGGAUAUCAAACUGACGAAGAAACUCAACUCUCGCAUAAAAUCAUUUGAUAAAUGGAUGGACGAGAAUAAGGACUAUGUAGAAGAGGCAAUUCGUGUAGACGAAGAACUCGACCAAGCAUGAAUGGAAGUCUUAACGCCCUUCGUGUGAAAGGGUGGUACAUUUCCCUGUGGACUGGUAGUCAUGAAUGCUUAUCUGUGAUAGCACGCCAAAUUUAAAUGGUCAUUUUUGUUCAUGACUGGGAGAACACAUACCGGUACAUGUAAUUGCAUCAUUACAUUUAGGAUAAAUAUUGCUUAAUUGAGGAUAAAGGGAAAAUAAUUAUAAAAAUUUGCCAUUUCAAUUGAUCAAGAAAAAUCAGCAGCCUCGAUGAAAAUGACUAUAAUUUGGUGACGUCAAUUUCAUCCUUUGAUUACUGUCACUUGAAAAGAACUAUGAAUGCUUGAUCACUUCAUUGUCUUCAUCAAGAGAACCCCAACUCUUGGGUUGUUUAGACUAAAAUGUACAUCCAUUUGACAGCAAUAACGAUAGCUGUCAAAUUUAUAUUUACAAUAAAUCAAAUGUUAUUUAAAGACAGUUUGUAUAUCAGUAAUCCUGGUGGCCAAAGCUGGUGACUUUUUUCUGAUGACAUCAGCGCGACUUACUGACUGCUUGCAUGGGUCUCUUAGCCUGAAAUUUGAAUCUCAAUAGAAUUUGUAAAUAAUGUAUUAAAGAUCACUACAUAUGUAUGACAUAUCCCCACAACACCCUCCUUCAUACUCCAGGGGUUACGCUCACUUACACUCUCUGCACCCCUGGAAUAUCGCAUAGCAAAAUUGAAGGUACAAAAAUAGCUAUUUGAUUGGUCUCAGGUAAAUAUCCUGACCAAUCGCUAGGCUGAUACCUAUCCUUUGAAGAUUACAGAGGAUUAACAUUCGACUUCAAAAUCAGUCAAGUUUACUGUUAUGCGAUCGUGAGAUUCUUUCAAUGUUCAUCAAAGGAUCAAAUCAGUCUCUUGUCUCAUCCAAAAAGAGGAUACACUUUGCCUUUGAUUAUGUCAUGACAUAUUGCAGGGGUGUAGCGUUCAGCAGAGUUCUAGAUGUUAUACUCCGUCCAUGCAAUAGAGCGCGUACGACACGGAAUCCGUGACACUUAUGUAGGUAGAAUUGUCAUAAUCAAUACUAACAUAUUUUGUUAACUUGCAUUUGAACUAACUAUAACAUGUAUUGACUCCUUUUAAAUCUAAUUUAUCAUUUGUUGUUUGUUUACUUAAUGCUGGUUAUAAUGAGGUUAGAGGAAUGUGAAAGUUGUACAUUAAAUUCCACAAGGAAUCUAUAUAUGGAAAAGAAAAUGUGAAAUAUUUGAAGUUUUUCCUCAAAACUAACUCUAAUGCACAUGUUAUUUUGUUAAUGUAAUUAAAUACAUUUGAAUAAUGCUAAUAAAAUUGAC